UUUUCUCUUUUCUUCUAGUGUUAUUUAACUGUACAUAUUUGCAUAUAUAAUAAGCACAUAAGAUGACAACUGCUACUGCUUCGAAAAAUGCUUCAAUUAAUGCCUCAAGUAAACGUUUAUCUUCACUUGAAGCAGCAGGUGUAAAAAGCACAUCCACCACAUCUAAUGCAAAGAAAAGAACCCCGCCCAUCACACCUAUUUCAACGCAUCCUACUAUACAAACAACACGUCGCUCUUCCCUCAUAUCACCUGCAUCAUCUCUAAUCAAAAAACCCUCGAAAACAAGUCGCUCUCAGUCAAGUCAAGCUCAUACAGAUGAUGUUACUCGAUCAUCACCUGUAGCAACUAAAAUGAAGCAUACGACACAAACAAAUACGUCAAACACCCCUACAACGCCCACAAACAAACGAAAUAGCCUUUUGUUGUCCACACAUGGUACUGAAAAUAAACCAAUCAACCAAACUAGUAAAAAGCUUAUUUCGGCCAGCAAAAGAAAUUCUACUUCUAGUAUACCAAGCUCAACACAAAGAUCGACAGAAUCUGUGAUACGCGUUGAGGCACUGAAAGACAAGAAUACUAAAAUGCAAAUAGUGCUUAAAGAAAAAGAGGAGCAAUUAGCUGAAAAAGAAACAAAUCUUAAACUGUUGGAAAGUAAAUUACAACAGUUGCAAUAUGAGCUGGAUGAAAACCAGAAGCUUUAUCAUAUGAACAUCAUCCCUCAAUCGCAAGAAAGUAGUUCAACUCAAAAUAAUACAAGUGAUAUUGAAUAUGCUUCAUCUUCAACAUCUGUGAAUGAUAUGGAAGAAAGAAUCAAUGCAUUUCAAGAAAAAGAACUAUUGUUGAUUGAAAGAUAUGAAGCACAAAUCAAACAAUCACAUGAAGAAUUCGCUAAAGAAAAGCUUGCAUUAAUGCAACAACAUGCCGCAGCUGAAGAAAAGUCAGAAGAGACAUUGCAAAAGAUGCAAGAGAGAAUGGAAACUGAAAAACAAGUGGUGUUUGAAAGAGAAAGAACAAUUCAGAAAUUAAUCAAAGACAUGGAUGAGAUGAGAGACAAUAUUCAGGAUAUGCAUCGAUCACAUCAAACCAGGUUGACAGCAUUAACGCAACAAUUGAACGCUCAACAUACUGAAAGUACAGCUCAACUACGAGUAGAGUAUGAGACACGUUUAAAAGAAAUAGCGGCAUCAAAUGAUUUGGAGCAAGAAUUUCGAGAAACUCUAAGUCAAAAAGUCAAAGAAUUUGAGCUUGCAGAAACACAGUUCAGAGAGACCAUUGAAUCAUUAAAAAACGAGUCUAGACAAGAAAAGGAAGAGUUGAAGCAAAUUUUAAAAGAUGAAAUGGAUACUCUUGUCAAGUCUCAUCGAUUUGAAAUCGAGCAGCUUGAAUGUAGCCAAAAGAAAAAUGAGACAAGUUUAAAGGCUGAACUUGAAGAUUGCAGACAUGAAUUAGAGACUGUAUUGGCAGAGAAACAUAGCUUGGCUGAUGAAUUAAAGGCAUCGUUUAGACUUGAGUUGAAUAAUGCAAUCAUGCGAAUAGAACAAGAACAUGCAGGCAUUAUAAAAUCAAAGGACGAAGAGAUCAACAAACUAAUACUUGAAAACGAAGCACUGAAAAAGGAGCAGAUAUUGUUGGAUGAAAUGAGAGCAGAAAAGAUAAGAUACACAGACUUGGCAACAGAGCAUGAAACUACCAAAAAGCACCUCCAAAUCGAGAUUCAAGCUUUAUUGUCUAACGAAUCUCGUCUAAAACAGGAUAUAGACAAUGCAAACAUUCAGCUAAAAAAUCAAGACGUGUUGAUUCAUGCGAUGAAAUCUGAAUACAUAGAAAGAAUUGAAUCAUUAGAAACAGAACUCGCCACACAACGUGGACAAAACCAACAUCUUGAGACACAACUAGAAUCGCAAAUGGCUGACUGUAUUGUAUUACAUGAAAAACUAAAUGAGAUGCAGGUAAUACACAUACACAUAUACAAAUAUAAAAAUAGAAUUAGUUGUAAAAAAAAAUGUAUAAGAGAACAGGGUAAUGGACAAAAAGACAAUAGGAACAUUCUGUCCAAGACAAACAAGAACUCAGAAGAAUAACAGAGAGCCUAGAACAUACAAACAAGGCAAGUGAAUUCGACAUCUAUAACAGCAUGACUUAUCAG